UCACGGGUCAUUCUGUCCGGGGCCCCGGGGACGUAUCACACCGGCGAGUGCUGCUUCCCUGUCCCCGUGCAGCCGCUGUCACCCGCUCCAGUUAUCUUAUCGCGAUAGGCAGCUGUCACGAGUGGGCGGAGACACGUGGGGUCGAAAUAACUGAGGAUGAGGUCAUCGGGUCCUGUAUUCAGGAGGGGAUGGCUGAGGACGUGCUUUAUGAAAACAUUUCUAAAAAGGGAGGACUGACAGCCGGAGACGCCCAGGAGGAGACCGAGCCCAGCAAUCUCCUGCAGAAACUGCGCAACCGCAUCUCGAAAUCUGUUCAGAGUAAGGUGGACAGUAUACUGGGAGAUGUUCAGAAGUUGUCGGAUUAUGACAAACUUUACCUAUAUCUGCAGCUCCCGCCAGGACCCAGUGGCCCGGAGAAAAGCCUGGACGUGAGCUCUGUGACCACGGCUGAACAUAUGCAUGCCUGCACGUGGAUCCGCAACCACCUGGAGGAGCACACGGACACCUGCUUACCCAAACAGGACGUGUACGAUGCCUAUAAACGUUACUGUGACAACCUGUGCGGGAGACCCCUCAGCGUGGCCAACUUCGGGAAGAUCAUCCGAGAGAUAUUCCCUAAUAUCAAGGCGAGGAGGCUGGGAGGGAGAGGACAGUCCAAGUAUUGCUACAGCGGACUGAGGAGGAAGAGCAUGGUGAGCAUGCCGCCUUUACCCAGCUUGGACCUGAAGAUGACAGAAAGUUCAGAGCUGACGGACCUGGUCCAGUCUUAUAACAAUGAUGUGAUAAACGCCUCCUGCGCCCUCAUCUGUAACUGGGCGGAGAAGAUCCUGAAGAGAUCCUUCAACAACGUGGUGGAGGUGGCGCAGUUCCUCAUUCAGCAGCAUAUUAUUAACCCCCGCAGUGCCAACGCCGAGCUGGUCCUGUCCAUGGUUCUCUCAGACAGUUCUCAGAGUGCGGGUCAGAAGGUUCAGAAGCCAUCAGAAGUGGCGGGGAAUAAGCAGCCGGGGUCUCCUGACAGCAGCGGGGCAGACGCAGCUGCCAAGAACAAGAAGACCACCACCACCCAUCCCGGCAGCCCCCCCCAGGUGAAGAAGCGCCCCCCAGAACCUCAGAAGCCAGCCAACAGCCCUCAGGUUGAUGCCCUGGUAGCCCGUCUCCCUGUCCUGUUACCCCGACUUCCCACAGAAGAGAAGUACGUCGGCUCCAGCCCCCCGGUGCGAUUUAACCCCCCAGUCCUGGCAUCGAGUCUGAUCCCUGGACAACUUAAAGUGUCCCCCUUACCCUUCACACACGGGGUGCCCCUGACAGUAACUGGAAUGAAUGGGACUGGACUGGUGUCUCAGCCGGUGGCACCCCCAGUCAUCAGCAUGAUUCUACCCGACAUGAGUAACCUCGAAUCUCUCGGCAAAACCAACCAGAACGGCAGUAAGGACUUUGCAGUCUCAGGCGGCGCAGUCGACAGUAAAGGAGCCAAACGUCUCGCGUCGUCUGCCCUAAUGUCUACAGAGGACAGACAGUCCAAACGGAAGCGGGGGCGCCCGAGAAAGAUGGACGCUUCUCAGAGUAUUCCCGCUAAAUCACCUUCCCAAGCAAAUAUGGCUCAAGGGAGGGCUGUGGGCACCCCCGCCUCAGAGCAGAGGAAAGACAGUGAAUGGGAGUCCAGUGCCCCUUCAGUGGGUCAAGACCGGACCGCCAUGACUGCGUCACACAGGACGGUAGAUACAGUGGAAGCCACGGCAGACACCAAGGUGACCACAGAGACUGUCCCGAACCAGGUUAGUGUCAUCCAAGAUGGCCGACAGAGCUUGGCGCAGCGGACUGUACGACCCGGGGACACCCAGAAGUGGCAGCCAUGUUCUGAUGAGACCCCUAGCAUUGGGCAGGCGGAAUGAGGGGUGACCCUGGAGCCCCUCCACCCAGAUCACCCGCUACCUUGUGUCACCCCAUAAACUGUCUACUCAUCAGAGCCGGGUGCAGGACAAGAGCCAUAUCCUCUCGACUAUGACAUCAUCACCAUCUGUAUACAGGAGUCCGCUUGUCCAUCUUUGUAUCAUGUGUUAACUCUUCACUGAUUGGGUAAUAUGAGAUUUCUAACAAACAGCCAUGGCUGGCGUGCUCAUUUCAGGGUUGGUGUUGUACUAGUGCUGGGCGAUGACCAAAAAUGGAAAUCACGGUAUUUUUCUAAAUUAUGGCGGUUUCACGGUAUUUAAUGUUUUUUUUUUUUUUCAUGCACCACUGGGGGUUAACCUCAUUUUCUAAUAAUUUAGUCAGUAAAUUGCCUUACAAUGACCUAUUUCACUGUC